AUGUUAUUCAAACAGCUUAUUGACCUAAUGUUAACCGUAGGUCCCAAUCUAAUUGCUAGACUAACCGAUCUAAUCGUUGAUACCCUACUAAACAUACCCGCCUAUAUUGUUGACAGUAUUUUCAUACCGGGUAUUAUACUAACAAUAACCCAGACACAAUUGAAACACUCCGGGUAUGUUAACCUACAUGAGCCACUAGACACCUACGACUAUAUAGUCAUAGGUGCCGGUACUGCCGGUUCGGUACUGGCCGGCCGACUAUCGGAAAACCUAAGCAUAMGUGUGCUGCUACUGGAAGCGGGUACGACCGAAAAUAUUGUAACCGACAUACCCCGACUCAGCCAGUUAGGUCAGCUGAUACCCGACAUGGACUGGCAUUUUWMUAGCGAACCACAGCAMCGGUCGGGUMGAGGUUUGGUCAACAAUUCAACACCGUGGCCACGGGGCAAGUGUAUGGGCGGUACGUCCGUAUUGAACGGUAUGGUAUACUCGCGCGGAUCGCCCCGCGAUUAUGACGACUCGUGGGUUAAGUAUAACGAAGCCCGGGGCUGGUCGUGGGCCGACCUGUUUCCAUAUUUUAUCAAAUCCGAGGACAAUCAGGACCCCGAGCUAGUGGCCAGCGGGUAUCAUGGACGCGGUGGCCCGGUAACUGUAUCCACACCUACCUACAGUGAACCAGUAUCCAUAGCAUUCAGAGACUCAGGUCCCUCAGUUGGCUAUCCGAUUGGAUCGUCGACUACCGGUCCACGGCAGACAGUGUUUGAACUACCACAGCAUACCAUACGUAACGGUAGCCGUUUAUCGAUGGCUAAGGCCUAUCUGGAACCGAUAGCCAAGGAUCGGCCUAAUCUACAUAUACUAACCAAUAGUCUAGUUAGUCGGAUACUGUUUGAUACUGACAACGACAACAAACAACAAGUGUCGGCUACUGGAGUCGAGUAUAUUAGAUGGGGUAACAAAUUUAAGGUUAGUCUAACACCCGGUGCUGGUGGUGGUGGUGGUGAGGUUAUACUGUCGGCCGGCGCUGUUAUGUCGCCCAAAGUGCUGAUGCUUUCAGGCAUUGGGCACCGGGAUCAUUUGGAAAAAAUGGGAAUCAAAUGCCUGUCCRAUUUACCMGUUGGCGACAAUCUGGCCGAACAUGUGGCCAACUAUAUGAUGUUUACGGUAAAUCAAUCGUCGGUAACCUGGGAUUUCAUACGCGAGUCUACGCCACUGGAGUUUCUCCAGUAUUACAUACAUAAGCGCAACAAUUUGGCCAAUAGUUUAGUGGAAGCGAUGGCUUUUGUUAAUACAAAAUAUGCCGAUAAACGUAAAGACUGGCCCGAUAUUCAGCUACAGGUGUCGCCCGCUACCAUUGCCAGCGACUAUGGACUGGUAGGUCGACAUAUGCUCCGGGUAGACGAUCAGCUAUGGCAAUCAGUAUUUAAACCCUACAUAACUAGACAAACAUUUUUUAUAAUACCGACACUAUUGCGACCGAAAUCCCGGGGAACUAUACCAGUGAUUGAUCCUAAUUUCUAUGCACCCGGUACCAACGAUCUACAGGUGCUUGUCGAGGGUAUGAAAUGGGCGCUGAAAAUAUGCCGCCAAUCACCUGAAUUGAAACGUUAUGGUUGCCGUCCCAUUCAAACGGUAUUCCCGCAAUGUCAGGAUCAGUUGCCCAUCUAUUCCGAUAAAUACUUGCAAUGUAUGGCCCAGACAUUUACCGGCAAUAUCUAUCAUCCGAUAGGUACGUGCAAAAUGGCUUCAACAGCGGCCAACCGGUCAGCUGUUGUCGACCCCGAGCUCCGUGUUUUGGGUGUCCGCCGACUACGGGUUGUCGAUGCAUCCAUUUUUCCCGAACCCGUUAGCGGUAAUCCUGUAUCAGCCAUUGUUGCCGUUGCCGAACGUGCAGCCGAUUUGAUCGCCGGUGGUGGUCGCCGACUGUUGCGACCAAUGCGACCGCCGAUGAGUGCGGCUAUUAUUGCCCGACUACCGGAGCUUCCCAUACAAUAA